AUGGAAUUCGUUGCAUUACCAGGAUAUUUUAGUUCCUUUGAAAAGGAAAAUUCUCCUGCACUAGAUAGUACAUUAGUUGAUCACAAUGUAUUGGUAAAUCACGAUGAUUGGAAAAUCUUAUAUGAUUCUAUCCCUCAGGAUACAGAAAAUACUCAAUAUAAAUUAUUAUUGUUAGCAAGACAUGGUCAGGGUUAUCAUAAUUAUUCUAUGGAAAAAUAUGGUGUAAAAUUAUGGGAUGAUUAUUGGUCAUUAUUAGAAGGUGAUGAAGGUGGCUCAUGGUUAGAUUCAAGACUGACUGAUCUUGGUAAACAACAAGUCUCUGAGACAGGCCGUACUGUAUUGGUUCCAAUAGUAGAUCAAUUAGGAUUUUUACCUCAUAUUUUCUUUAAUUCUCCAAUGAGAAGAUGUUUAGAGACAUUUGCAUUUUCAUGGAAUCAUGUCUUUACAAAAUAUCCUGAAUUAGUGACAGAUUCAACUAUUGUAACGAAUAACGUGAUUGAAAACCUAAGAGAAAACUUAGGAUCUCAUACAUGUGAUAAACGUGUAAAUCAUUCGGAAGCUGUUGCAGAAUAUCAAAAUUUUAAAACAAAGUCAGGUCAUACAGUAGCUUGGAAAUACGAAGAAAAUUAUUCUGAACCAGAUGCCUUAUGGAAGGCUGAUCAUAGAGAAACUCCCGAUGAAAUGGAUAUUAGAACACGUACGGGUCUAGAACAAUUAUUUUCACAAGCCAGUUCCAAGGAUAAGUUCCUAUCAUUGACUUGUCAUGAGGGUGUCAUCAAUAGUGUUCUUAGAAAUUUGGAACAUCCUGGAGUUAAGAAACUACAAACUGGUAAGACUGUCGCUGUGGUUGUCAAAGUCACCACUACUUUAUAA